UGUCAAUCCACGAAGCAAAGCACGAAGCUUGUUGAGCUGAUAGUUUCAGUUUCUGUCUGGUUUAAAUAUUUAAGCUUUUGGAAAGCAGACCUAAAAGGUUAAUUAAAUUAAUACAUCGGUAUAUACAGAAAUAUUAUAAAUACCUAGUUAUGCACACAGAUUUGGCAGCCCAUUUACAUACAGACGAAUGCAAUGUUUUGAUACGAAAGUUGAUGGACUGCCACAGCGAGCAUCCAUUUAGAAAGUUCAUGGGAUAUUGCAAUGAUUAUGAUCGGGAUAUGAGAAAGUGUUUGAAAGCUGAGCGCCUUCAAAGACAAAAAGCCAAUCUCGAAGAGUCUCGUCGUAGACACGCAGAAAUUCGAGCUAGAAUAUUAGCGCAAGAGAGAGCUAACCAAUAACUUAACCAACUAGCAUUUUACCAGCAUUUAUUAAAACAUGACUACAAUGGAACCCAACAUAUUAGAUUCGAUACCAGACCUAAACAAUCUUAAGUCAUUUACGGAGAGAUAUUUUAGUAAGAGAUA